CUCCUUUUGUGAGGUCGCAGAGAGGGUGGAAGCGGAAGGAGCGUUGGUGAAAACAACGGACGAGAUGGCGGCGGUUGGGGUCUCCACCGACAAUUCAGAAGAUCCUGCUUGCAUUGCAGCAGAAGAUGUAGCUGCACAGAAGAGAGAGGAGCGGCUUAGGAAAUUCAGAGAACUUCAUUUGAAGAGGAAUGAAGCUCGCAAGUUAAAUCACCAGGAAGUUGUGGAGGAGGAUAAAAGGCUGAAGUUGCCAGCAAACUGGGAAGCUAAAAAGGCCCGUUUAGAAUGGGAGUUGAAGGUGGAGGAAAAGAAAAAGGAGUGUGCAGCAAAAGGAGAAGAUUACGAAAGAGUGAAACUGUUAGAAAUCAGUGCAGAGGAUGCAGAACGAUUUGAGAGGAAAAGGAAAAAGAAAAAUCCAGAUCUUGGAUUUUCAGAUUAUGCCGCUGCUCAGUUGCGUCAGUAUCAGAGAUUGACCAAGCAGAUCAGACCUGACUUGGAAGAGUACGUAAAGCUAAGAGAAGAAAGUGGUGAAGAGUUUUAUCCCACAUCAAAUAGCCUUCUCCAUGGAACUCACGUGCCUUGUAAAGAAGGGGUUGAUAAAAUGGUCGCGGAUCUCGAAAAACAAAUCCAAAAACGUGAGAAGUACAGCCGGAGGCGUUCUUACAACGAUGACGCAGAUAUCGACUACAUUAAUGAGAGGAACGCCAAGUUCAAUAAGAAAGCUGAAAGGUUCUAUGGCAAAUACACAGCAGAGAUCAAACAGAACUUGGAAAGAGGAACUGCCGUCUAGGCUUGAACGUUUGCAAGCCAAGGACAGCCACAAAGCCAUCCUGACUGUACAUAGAUCACAAAUUAUGAAACCUGUUUCUUUCCGAGGGGCAUUUUUAAAUGUUCAGCAACCUUUGGUGCAAAGGUAGAAUUUGUCAGAUGUUCAGAAGGACAGUAGUUCGCCAAGCAUAGUUGCAUAGUCGAGAAGUUCAAUUUUGACUUCUGAUUGUGAGCCUGCAGGGGCCUUUCCCUUUGCAGUUUCUUUAUGGGGAAAUGCGUAAAUUUCCAGAUCCAACUUGUUUGGCAGAUUGAGUCUUGAGUGUACGCAAGGUUUCUGUGGAAAAAUAGCAACUACAGCUCUAAUGUAAAAUGUUACUUAUAGUAUCUUGAUUAAAUUAGCUUGCUGUCUGAGAAAUACUUCUUUGCAAUGUGGCAAAAUUCCUGGAAAAGCAAUGAAAAGCGUGGAUGUGCUGUAGACCCUAUUAUGCUGCAUAUUGGCUUUUACAUCCCCGAUUGCAUCCCUCGUACCCACAAAACCCUUUCUUGAGGGUAUCAAGCAUUUGUAACUGGCUCUCCUUGAUUUUCCAUCUGUUAUGGGAGAGGUCAAUCUUUGAGCCAAGGAUGUCAAGCAGUUUUUCUGCAGCUAAAUCAUGGCUUUAGUGGCCUGCUCAGUUCGUGGCUUCCAUGGCCGCAUAUGCUUCUCCCUCCAGGUGGCAAGGUAUCAAGCCAUCUCUACCAGAUCACAGCCUUGCUACCCUAACCUUGAGUUGGAGGUGUUCAAGGCCAAGGAAACGCCCCUUCUCCUGUUUGUUCAGAAGAGGCAAGCCUCUGAAUGCUUUCCUUUGCAGGUAGGAGAGGGAGACAAAGUCUGAGGCUGAAGGUAACUGGACAGAUUGGAACCACAAUCCCCAGAGAUCUAUGAUUUGGGGAUGCAUGCAAAGCAAAUGGGGUGUGUCUUCAUUUGAGCUUCCCUCACCACAAUGCUAACCUUUUGCUUCAGAGUGGCUCCAGAAUAGGAUUUGGGGCUUUGGGUUGUGCAAUGCAAUUCCCUGAUGAAGAAAAUCCAGGAUGCACUGUAUAAAAUUAAAAAGGGUUUAGAUUUGUUCCAGCUGCCGCUUUUUGGUACACUCAGGGCUUGCUGACCUUUAUCUUUGUACUUAUAGGAGAGCCUAGAAUGCUAGAAACAGGCACGGCUAUGUUCCCCAGAAUAGGGUGGCUACCUUGGAGUAUUUCUGCUGCCAUUGUUGCUCGGAGAAAGUGCUGGAGAAGAAGGCAGACACAGGAUGGUCUGGCACAGACAGGUGUCCAACAUGGUGAUGGUACAUGGGAAAUACCAGGUUCCCAUUAAAGUGGGAACCCACCCACUUAGAUUUCACGAAGGACCACCUUCUCUCCCAUCUGAACCUGCUCGGGACCAGCAAGCCAGUGGCUCCUCACUGACAGAUCCACCCUGCACAAUGAGAUGAGAGUUGGCGCAUACUGUUUCAGCUGUUAGCUCUCAUCCUGGGAUAACCUAGGCUUGGUUUCUAUGACCUUCCACGAAGUUUUCCUGCAACAAAGAAUGGAUUUCCUUCAACAAAAAAAGAUUUUUAUAGCAUUGUUACGGGGACGGGAAUUUUUUCCCCAAAAUUAUGUUUUUAGAUAUAGCAAUUCAGUUCUCCUCUCCUCCUACCCCUUUUACAAAAAGGGUUUCUUUUUGAUCAUUUUGUAACUCCAGCCCUUGCAGUUGUUUUCUGUUACUCGCCACCAGGUGGUGUUCUAGUAGGAGGUUUGCGAAGACAUUGCCUGUCUCUGAGCGCCUGCAGGGUGAAAUUCUGGAAUUUUGCAGAAACUCCCUUCCUGCCGUCCCCUCUUUGAAUUUUAAUAUGAUCAAAAUGAUUUUGUUGGAAACUGACUCCAAAUUCCUAAAAAGAGUAAAGAAAAAAGAAACGUUGGAUUUCAGGGAAAAAAUGGUUAAGAGAAAUUAAGAAAAUUCCUCUUAACCAUGCUAUUUUUCUCCAUCAGACUAAGUCAUCUCCAGCAGAAAAAGUCUUUCUGUCUUGAAGGAAGGCUUAGAAGGUUGUCGUGGGUUUCCGCUUAUCAGAAGGAAGUUGUAGCAUCGAACCCGUUCCCCAGAGGUGUAGGGCAGCCCCCUCCCUCUCUUUGCUAAAUAUAACCAAGCUAUGGAGGGCUUAUGAAUUUAUGCCUGCUUAAACUUAGAUUUGAAAUUUUUAAUCUUGUGGGUUUUUAAUCUUGACAUACUGUGUUUUGUUGGCAACUUACUUUGUCAGCUGCUUUGAGUAUAAGGAAAUAAAUAGGGGACUUUUUAAAUAAACAGUAUGCUGCUACGA